UGCAAGGGAGACUACUCUGAAUUCACAAUGGCUACUUUCCGUUUAGCGCUGGUGCAGCUGGCUGUCACUGCAACUAAAGCUGACAAUCUUGUAAAAGUUGCAAAACUGGUGAAAGAGGCAGCAUCUAAAGGAGCCCAGGUUAUUGCUCUUCCAGAAUGCUUCAAUUCUCCUUAUGGCACCUCGUAUUUUCCGGAAUAUGCCGAAAAGAUCCCAGGAGAUUCAACACAAGUUUUGGCAAAAGCUGCAAAAGAUAAUGGAGUUUUCUUGAUAGGAGGAUCCAUACCGGAAAGGGACGGCGACAAAUUAUUCAACACUUGUACCGUAUACAAUCCGGAGGGCACAAUGAUAGCCAAGCAUCGGAAGAUGCAUUUGUUCGAUAUUGACAUCCCCGGUAAAAUUAGAUUCCAGGAAUCUGAAACGUUGAGUCCUGGUAACAGGUUCACUACAUUUGAUACACCAUACUGUAAAAUCGGAGUGGGCAUAUGCUAUGAUAUCAGAUUUGCUGAAAUGGCUCAAAUCUACAAUAAGAGAGGAUGCAAGCUCAUUGUGUAUCCAGGGGCUUUCAAUAUGACAACUGGGCCUGCCCACUGGGAACUACUUCAGAGAGGACGUGCCCUUGACAAUCAACUGUAUGUAGCCACAGUUUCUCCUGCCAGGGAUGAAACUGCUUCUUACCAUGCAUGGGGGCACAGUUCACUGGUGAAUCCCUGGGGGUCUGUCAUUUCAACCAUGGAACAUGAGGAGGGCAUCAUAUAUGAUGAUGUUGACCCAAGCUAUGUGGAUGAAGUGCGAGCUCAGAUUCCAAUUGGAUUCCAAAAGCGAAAUAAUAUUUAUAAGGUUGAAGAAAUGGAGGAAACGAAAAAUUAAACUUCAAUUCAAUUUAAACAUAAGAGGAUUUUAAUUCUAUACCAACAUUUUUCACAAAAUAAAAAAUUGGAAUGCUGUUUGGUAGAUGCAGUUGAUAGUAUGAAGUAAUGGUUGUGAAAUGUAUGAGGCACCAGCACAGCUUCAUUAAGGCCAAUAAAUAUGAAUAAUUGAAGUGACUACAAUGAUUCACAAUUGUUGUAAACAUAAAUAGAAUAUGUAUGUAUAUUUUAAUCAGUCCCUUAAAAGUUAAAGUUGUUUUCAGAAUCAUGUAAUCAUUAAUUGGAAUUUUUUAUCAAAUUUUUAUAAGGUCACCUGCCGAAGGACAUGUGAGCUGAUACAUUGGUGCCGCAUCUGUCGUCCAUUACAUCAAUGUGUCUGGCUUCAAUUUUUUAAUUACAUAUGAAUUAUUUCAAUUAGCUAAAAGGUCAGUGAUCAGCCAGUAGCAAAUUAGUGACCAUGACCAUGACCUUAUUUGAAGGUCAGCAGGGACAAAUGAGCUGAAAUCUUUGAAUGACUUCUUCUUAAGAGACUAUGGGAUACCAUACCAAGCCAGCAAUAUGCUAGAAUAUGAAAGGCCUACAAAGUAUGACCUUGACAUUUCAGGGAAAGAGAUCAAAUUUGUUCUCUUUUUCCUGGUCAUCAGACUUGGGAUAAUGAAAUUUUGUAAAAGAAUGGCUGACAUGAAAGGCUAGAAUUAUUAUGAUCUUGGUAGACUUUAAAUUUAACAGAGUUGUGAUUUUUCACAAAAUUCUAAAAAGUAUUAGAGUCACUUCACAAGCUACAGGACAGGUGGGCAAUACAGGCCUAUUGGACUUUUGAAUAUUUUGCAUUGUGACAGGGUGCCAAGUGCUCUUAUGAUCUAUUAUGUCCACCUGAUUAGUAGCUACACCUACUGCACAGCCUAAUUUACAUGUCUACUGUCCAGGUGCUACACAGAGAUGAAUUAGAUUUGCUUCACCUAUUCUUAUGUAAUUAUAUUCCUGUAUAAGUCACUUUUACGUUAUAUAUCAACCAUGUAUUAUAUUUUACCUGAAUCAAUACAAAAUAUUGGUAUUCUUUACAUUCACUGCAAAUGUAUUAAUUAAUGCUGGAUUUAUAUUAUGUGAUUAAACCUUAUACCAUU